GCAAGACUGUUUAGAGUUAUUUUCUUCGAAUGCUUCUCAAGCAAGCGGCAAGAUUACGUUAUUUCAGUAAUUCAAUUGUUUGGUUUUGUGUUGAGAGAUACUUCACUCGACAAUAGACAAAGCCAGAAGAUGACAUUCAGCCUGGUGAUAACCGCUCUUCUCUGCUUCACCACAUGGAUGAGCACGGUCCAUGCAACCUAUGGACCAGUUUCCAGCUGUUGUCGCAGGGUGACUGAUACGAAAAUCCAUAGGCAAUCCAUUCAGGAUUACACCAUUCAGUCAGAAGGCAUCUGUCCAAUCACAGCCAUAGCGUUUCAGACAAAAGAUGGAAGCAGGAUUUGUUCUGACCCUAACAAUGGCUGGGCAAAAAGAAUGAUUAAGAUUGUGGACAAGAAAAAACAAAAACAAGGAUCAACAAGCAGCAUCACACCAGCAGUGUCCGCUACAUCAAAAAAGGCACCACAGAAGAAAUGCAGAAAUGGAAAAAGGCGCCAGGGGAAGAAGACCAAGGGAGGGAAGAAGGGGCAGAGAAAACGUACUUGAGGAAUAACAAGACAAAUCAAAGAUACCACAGUCAGCAAUCAUUACUCUUUCCUUGUUGCCCUGCUAUACUGCAUACUUAGUGAACCUGAAACGGAUUUUAAUAUAUGUUUGAUUCAUGAUAAAAUAUGCAUUGUAUAUUUAAAUAUCUCUAUAUCGUACCUUUUUCCUGUCAGUUGCAAAUAAAGUUUUCUUGAGCAAA